AUGGGCACCGUUUUGGUUUUGCAGCUGUUUGAAACCCUCGAAGAGGUGCAGCAGAUCUUCUCGAGGGCAUCACGUCGACGGCCUCUUGGCAAAGCAUCGAGCUGGGCAACUGGAGCGUUUACUCAUGGGGGCGUCUCUGGGCUCCGUGAUGGAGCAAAGCGCUUGCCUAAUGUUACGAAGUUCCUGGCUAAGUUUGCCCAAGAGGUCAUGGGAGUCAAACAGUUUGCUUCAGUAGUUCUCCAGAGAAAUGGUGGAGGGCGAGCUCAUCGUGACUUUCAUAAUCGUCCAGGUUCACGAAACUGGUUGUGUCCUUUGACCUCCUUUCAAGAUGGUGGAUUGUGGACAGAGCUGGAGGAUGAAGAGGCUUUAAGGCUUGAGGGCGACAUGAUAUCUAAGGAAGUUAAGCCGGGGGUGGAGAUCAAGGGCAAGAUCAUUAAGGCGGAAAAGGGCAAGGUUUUCUCUUUUGAUCCCAUGAAAUGGCAUGAAGUUCAGCCCCAUCGGGGAGAGAGGGUCAUGAUGAUUGCGUACACACCCAGGCUCUCGAACUUGAGCGAGAAAGAGCUUGAGUACCUUAAAGACUUGGGUUUUCUUCCUUUUGGUGAGGAGGAGAACGACGUUAAACAAGGCGAGGACGAGUAUGAGUUGCCCCUUGAUGAAGUAGACCCUGAAGCCGAUAUACAUGAGUGCAGGUCUUCUUUGAUCAGUCUCAAUGAGGCCCACGGUCAACUCCUUGAAGAUUUACAAGAUCGGAGCCAAUCCUUAAGGUUGCUUCUUGAAGAGGAAAGGUUGUUGGCGGAAGACUUGCGACAGGCUGGUACCUUGGUUGAGGAGGAGGCCGAGCGAGUGCAAGACUGUAUCACCCAGAUGUGUGAAAGGGCGGCUCAGAGAUUGUCUACAUGUGACCGUGCGGUGUUGAAGGUGUGCUUGAAAGCUGCUGCCGAACCAAAUGAGCCUGACUAUGAGCGGCUUCUCGAGCUCCUAGAAGGGGACCUUCAAGUCGUACAUACAGUUCCUCUGCAGCAAGUCAGGCCUGUGGUGAACAGAUGGCACGCUGCUAUCAGUAAGGAGCUGAACAACCUAAUCAAGGGUGGAACCCUGGAGGAGAUAAGUCGAGAAGAAGCCAGACGUCUCGAACGACAAGGAGUCCUCAGACUUGUGCCGAGCAAGGGAGUGUACACCUUGAAACCUCCUGGCGAAGGAGACACAAAAUACAAGCGGAAAUACCGCUUAGUGUUGUGCGGCAACUUUGCUGCGCCCGAAGAACAGUUCGGCUCGCUGUAUGCUGGGGGCGCCUCAGCUGAAACGUUCAGGACGGUUUUGGUGGUGGCAGCUCAAAGAAAAUGGCAGGGUGCCACGGCUGACAUUACCGGGGCAUUCCUUCUCGCGCCUUGGCCCGAGCACUUACACCGCUACGCAGUAGUACCGCCAAGACUCCUCAUCGAGAACAACUACAUCGCCGAAGAGGCCUUCUGGCUCGUUCGGGGGCCGUUGUACGGCCUUCGUGAGUCACCUGCCGUCUGGGCGGCCUACCGCUCCAAAAGGUUUUCACAGGCCCGUAUCAGCUACAAGAACCGGCAUCUGGUCCUGAGAGUAUCGAAGGCUGACCCAGAACUUUGGCUCAUUGCCUUUGAGGAUGAAGAGGAUCUGGUGGGAUGUAUCAUUACGUAUGUAGAUGACCUGUUCUACCUCUCAGAGAGUGAGAUCGUUGUUACAGUCCAUGCUUGGGUUGUUGAGGAGUGGCCGUGUAGCGCUCUAGAAUGGGCUUCAGCUCCUGGUGGCACACGCUAUCUUGGCAUGGAGGUUUUUCAAAGAUCUUCUGGAGCCUUUGAGAUCCACCAGAGAGGCUACAUCCUUGACCUCCUUCGCUCACACGGCAUGCAAGAUGCUCCUGGAACUCUUCUUCCUUGCCCAAAGGAAUGGGUGACUGAGGAUAUCUCAGGGGACCCUGAGGACUUCAGCGAGUCAGAGUCGUAUGGUGCCUCUGUAGUAACCGUGAACGGUGGACCAGUGGCUUGGAAGGCUGGUAAGCAGGCGAUGACGACCCUUUCGACAAUGGAAAGUGAGCUGCUAGAGGCAACAAAUGCUGCUACUCUCCUGGAGUGUAUUGGCUGUCUUGUGGAUGAGAUCUGUGGAAGGCGGAUUCCCCGUCAGCUGCGUGUAGACAAUAGUGCAGCAACGGCCAUGCUUUGUGGUGGAGCUGGAUCAUGGAGAACCAGACACUUGCGAGUCCGCUGUUCUUUCAUUCGUGAGCAAGUUCAACGUGGCUUGCUGGAGGUAAGUCAUGUGGAAGGACGGCGUCAGCUGGCUGACUUAUCUACCAAGAUGCAUCCUAGAGUAAGGCUUCUUGAUCUUUUGCAGCAGUGGGGUUUUGAAGGCUUCACAGAUGAUAUGGUUCAGCUGCAGGCGGUACAUGUGGUUGUGCUUAGCUGUGUCGUGCUGGCUUUGGACCGACUGCCUGGCGCGGAAGCAGCAAGUUCAGAUAAGGACAAGGGUAAGGACCCUUUGCCUGCUUCUGGAAUGGAUGAACUGCUUAUGGUGUCUGGUAUCGUAGCUUUGGUAGCUGUUGUCGUAUGGGAGCUCAUUAAGUCUUUUUGCGGUUGGUUGAAGCGCUCUACGAAAAGAGAGUCGAAGCUUCAGCGCUUGCGAGAAAUGGCUAAGCAUACGGUCAAAGCAGAGAUCGCCAAAUACGAGGCCGCGAGGACUUUGGAUCCCGUAGAAGUACAGAGGCUUGUGCGACAAACUUUAGUAGAGGCUACAUCUCCUCCCGCUGCUAGGAUCUCACUUCAGGUUCCUGCUCCAGAACUGAAUCGGGAAGCUUCCUUUGGUGGUUCUGGUGAAGUAGCUUCAGG